CCAGCGAAAUCUGCGGAUGUAAAUGAAGACGCUGCAAAAUCCACAAAACGAGCGGCUUCAGGAGCAGCGAAUAGCACUGACAUGGUGAAUAAUUGCCAGGAUACAACAAACAGCCUGGAAGGCAGGACAAAUGGGGAUAGCCACGAGAUCCAGUCAGAUCAUCUAGACCAGACCCAUCCAGACCUGGGAGAGGGAGGAUCAGGUAAAAUGUUACCUAUUGAUACAGCUAACAUUUCUAUACCUAUUAUGCGGACAUCAGGAUUAGAAGGCAUACAAUGUAUAUUGGCACAAAUGAAAGAGGAUAGAAUUUUUUUAGCCGGAGAGAUUGAGAGAAAUGCUAAGGAAAUAAGAUUAGAGAUCCAGGCAAUUGGUAAUCGGACUGCCGCCCUAGAAGUGAGGGUAGAGGCUGUGGCAAAAGCACAUAAUGAUUUAUUAAUCCAGAGCUCGGAAUGGGGCACAAGGCUUGACGCUCUAGAAGUGGCAUUUGAGGAUCUUAUAAAUCGAUCCCGACGUAAUAAUAUUAAAAUUAGAGGGAUACCGGAAACCAGAGAUGAGGGUCCGGUACAGAAUUUGGUUUUAGAAAUCUUUAGACCCUUACUACCAGACAUUCCUGAACCCAGAUGGGAAAUUGACAGGGCGCACCGUUUGUCAGGUGGUCUACGAAGGAAUGAUGAACGACCCUGA